UGGGGAAUUGCCGGAAAGAGCAAACAAAAAAGGCGCUGGUGUAGGCUCCAAAAUAAACACAUCUGAAUUCAUGAUGGCAUCGACAGAGGCUCUUAUUGGAUUAAAAGUUUCAAAACAAACAAAAACGCUUUGGAAAAAGCAGGGUUGAAUGCCUGCCUACACCCUCAGGCACGACCAUGGAGAAAGGUGGGAACAUACAACUGGAGAUCCCUGACUUCAGCAACUCUGUCCUGAGCCAUCUAAACCAGCUGCGCAUGCAGGGCCGUCUCUGUGAUAUUGUGGUCAACGUGCAGGGACAGGCUUUUCGGGCUCACAAAGUGGUCCUGGCUGCCAGUUCACCCUAUUUCCGGGAUCACAUGUCCUUGAAUGAGAUGAGUACUGUCUCCAUUUCAGUCAUCAAGAACCCUACUGUUUUUGAGCAGCUCCUUUCUUUCUGUUAUACUGGGCGGAUAUGCCUGCAACUGGCAGAUAUCAUCAGCUACCUGACAGCUGCCAGUUUUCUGCAGAUGCAGCAUAUUAUAGACAAAUGUACACAGAUCCUGGAGGGGAUUCACUUCAAAAUUAAUGUGGCAGAGGUUGAAGCAGAAUUAAGUCAAACGAGGACAAAGCAUCCAGAAAGGCCUCCGGAGUCUCACAGGGUGACACCGAAUCUCAACCGUUCCCUUAGCCCACGACAUAAUACUGCAAAGGGAAACCGGCGAGGUCAGGUUAGUGCUGUGUUGGAUAUCAGGGAGCUCAGUCCUCCUGAGGAGUCCACCAGCCCUCAGAUAAUUGAACCGAGUUCUGAUGUAGAGAGCCGGGAGCCCAUUCUUCGAAUCAACCGAGCAGGACAGUGGUACGUGGAGACGGGAGUAGCAGACCGGGGGGCCCGGAGUGAUGAUGAAGUUAGAGUUCUUGGGGCAGUACACAUCAAAACGGAAAACCUGGAGGAGUGGCUUGGGACUGAGAAUCAGCCUUCCGGAGAAGACGGGAGUAGCGCCGAGGAAGUCACAGCCAUGGUGAUUGACACCACCGGCCAUGGUUCUGUGGGGCAGGAAAAUUACACUCUGGGAUCUUCAGGAGCCAAGGUGGCUCGGCCAACAAGCAGUGAAAUUGACAGAUUUAGCCCCUCCGGCAGUGUUGUUCCCUUGACGGAGAGACACAGAGCCAGAAGUGAGUCUCCUGGGAGAAUGGAUGAGCCUAAGCAGCCCAGCUCCCAGGUAGAAGAGUCCGCAAUGAUGGGAGUAAGUGGCUAUGUGGAGUAUCUCCGAGAGCAAGAAGUAUCUGAGCGGUGGUUCCGGUACAACCCCCGUCUCACCUGCAUCUACUGCGCCAAAUCUUUCAAUCAGAAGGGGAGCCUGGACCGCCACAUGCGCCUGCACAUGGGAAUCACGCCAUUCGUCUGCCGCAUGUGUGGCAAGAAGUACACCCGGAAGGAUCAGCUGGAGUAUCAUAUCCGCAAGCACACAGGCAACAAGCCCUUCCACUGUCACGUAUGUGGCAAAAGCUUCCCCUUCCAGGCCAUCUUGAAUCAGCACUUUCGCAAAAACCACCCUGGCUGUAUUCCCCUGGAGGGGCCUCACAGCAUCUCCCCUGAAACAACUGUCACAUCUCGAGGACAAGCUGAGGAAGAGUCACCUUCACAAGAGGAGACAGUUGCUCCUGGGGAAACUGCCCAGGGCUCUGUGUCCACCACUGGGCCAGAUUGAAACGUGGAGGGGGAGGGGGCAGACCCUCUUCCCCUUUGGGCCGUAAGCAGCCAGCAUGAGGGCCACGGGCUGGUACUUAGAUUCACAAAACGCCACAUCACUAGAUCGGAAGAUACUCCCAAGAUGUUGCCAAACUAGAGGAUCAGCAACAUACGCAGAAGCACGAGAGGCUCUUCCCCUCCUCCUUCCCACCUCAUACUUUGGGAAAUAAUCAAGUAAAUCAAUUUUCUAAUUCAGGGAUCAACAGCCUUGGUUUGUUAACUUUAUAAGAAAAAAAAAUUUUUUUAAAAACAGUGAUAAAUGGUCAUUUAUCUACCAGUCAUGUUUGAACACUGUACUUUGGUCCAUAUCAUCCUGGUGGCUGUAAUUGCCCAGAUCUAAAACACAGCAGGAGCCUUGGUCAUCUGAACCAGCCAGCCACAAGAGAGAAGGAAGUAAUCACGACGGUGACAAGAAGGAGGAAUUUCUCUUCUUUCUUCCCUGCCAGAACAUGCAGUUUCACAUUUCAAGGAAAAAAAAAAAAAAGAAUCCUGGUGGUUGUUACUGAUUUGAAAAGUUAGACCUUCUCUUUGCCCUGAUUAGGCAUCUGACACUUUGCCUGAUUGUUUCAUGUAAGCAGCCAUCUUGGAGCGGUGUUCUCGUGGGCAGCGUCACCUGAAGCUCUCUAGGCAACUGGAAGGGAAAUGAGCAACAAAGUGUUUGCAGUAGGUUCUGCUACAUUUGGGGGCUUGAGUUUCAUGUUGGGGAAGAGGGGCGCGGGGAAGGAAGUGAGGUUUUGUGCAAAUGUCCAAUGGCGCAGAGUACUGCAACUUCCUGAUUGGUGUUUGUAAACCAUAGUGCUUAAAUAUCUUUGGGUGUUAGGAAAUGGCUCUAGUCCAGAUGAAUUAAUGUGUUAGGCUGACUACCAAAGUUUCAUCCAGUCUCUCUGGCUCCUACCUUCACAGAACAGCAAUAUUCUACAUCAGAAAUGUCACUUUCUAGUGAAAUGAGCCUGGACUGUAUUUUUAAAUCUACAGGUCUCCAUAUUUGAUAACUUUUAUAUGAAGUUUUAAACACAUUUUUUCUGCAAUAUUGUGGUUGAGGAAAUCCAGCACUAUGGUUCUUAUUGCAACCACAAUUCCAUUUCCUUCUACGUAUGUAAUAGUUUAUAUUUUCAGGCCAAUAGAAGAACCUCACUAAAUCCAUGUCUCGCGUCUGCAAACCUAGUAAUUCAUAAACCAACCAUCAGCAAAUUUGCUGGUGACUCCAAGAGCUUUGCUUUUUAAUAAUACACUACAGGGCAUUUACCAGAAAACAUCAGGCACAAUCAUGUUGCAAUAAAUUGAUCAAGGGAUCAAUUUGAUCAGGUUUGGUUACUUAAUCAUUCCUAAGAUUUUUAAAACUUCAAGGGACCUUUUUGGUAAUUCUGGGGAUUUCUGAGAUUCUUCAUCCAGCACUGAGAGUCAGAAAAACUUUAGCAAACAUGUAGAGUUUUAGAUGCCCUGUCUUGCAUUCAGAGAAUGAAGGAGGAUUAUUAAGGGAUGCAGGCAAGUAGAUGCAAAUAGGAAAGAGAAAAAUAUAUAGCUUCUCAUAAUCAUUAAAUUGUUAAGAGUAUUGAAAUAUGCAGUGGUUUAAGAAAUUAUCUUGGUGUAGAGGCACAGAAUGAUUGUAAAAGAGAUUCGGGGAGGGGCUGGUCAUGCCUGCACUGGUGAGCCAUCUGUGAGAAUGUUAGUGCGUGCUCCCUUUCUGAGAAUGCUUUGUGGUAUGUGGAAAGGUGGGUGGAACGGAAUGGCGUUUCUCUGAUGAUAGGAAGUUAGAAUGCAAAGAGUAACUCACAAACAAUCUGAUAAUUGUAUAUACACAUAAAGCUGCACCAUAUUGCCAGAGAGCGGUUAUUUUCUCUUCUGGAAAAACGUAGCAAUGUGUCUUUUAAUAGGAAUGCUAUGAUGCUACCAUUUGAUGAGAGCCUUCCCUUAAAUGAUACGUUGAAGCUUUGUCCUUAGGAGAUGUAGACUAGAGCAUUCUCCUCUUUAGUUGGGCAACAGAAUAAUAGGGCCACCUUAGGGACCAGCUAUGCCCUGUGGGCAUAAAAGUGGAUUUGAAAUUAGACUAAAAUCUCUAGUGAAACAUUUUAGCUGGUAAUCACGCCUGUCCAUGAACAGUUUGCCAUUACUAAAUAGGCAGGAAGGUGAGAAGUACAGAAUAUGCUGCUGUAGAUGGAGCUUUUAAGCCUACCAAAAAAAUGUUAAGUCCAUCCUACUUUUGAGAAGUAGUAUGUUGGAAAGUUCUUUAUGCUUUGUUAGUUUCUUAGGUUUUCUGUGAGAAAAUGGAGCUUUUUAAACUAUGACCAAAUUGUAAAGGUGAACUGCAGUAAUGUUUGUAAAGAGAACGUUGGCAGCGUUUGUCAGUACUCCAUCCAGGAUUAGCAACAAGCAUUUUAAACGAAGUAGAGACUAUCUAGUAGAUGUGGAAAUGCUGGGAGUGUUUGUUGGGUUCCCUUCCGUUCUCAUCCACUUGUAAUAGAUGUUGCUGAAUUGAUACUGUGAAUAGAGUGCUACCUGGUCUUCUAGGACCACAUCAGCACAGUCGUGUUGGCUGGUCCUCACCUCCUCAUUGGCCUAGCCCGGAGCCAUGGAAUUCAUGAACAUUCAAGCCAGGCUAGCUUUUAAACGAAGUAAAGUUUCUGAAAGCAAUUUCCGUGUUAGCUAGAAAAGGUAUUAGCAUUCUACAUAACUGUCCAAGAUUCUUAUCCAGGUUCACUGUGACAUUGUCCUAGUUCUUAGUUAACAUCACUGUAGGGUCAUAGUAGUAGUAGUGUUCUAUCUGCAUUAAUGAAUAGCUGUAUUGGUGUGUGCACAGAGGAUACCUCUCUUAAGGAUGUACUAGAUGGACUGUAGCUAAUGCUGAAAACUCAUUACCAAAUCUUAACUUGCACGUGUCACCUUGUGAAGGGAACUGCAUUAGCAUUGAGAGCUAAAUCAUCAGUAAGUACUUUAAUGCCAUGAAAAUAGCAAACACUGGGACUGUUUCCAUUCAUUGAGUGGCACUUGAUAGCAAAGGAGCUACCCAAUAUUCUCAGCAGAAGAAGAGAGACGGCAGUGUCUUAAUCUGCCUUUGUUCUAAGAGGUACCUUUUAUUCUCUCUGAACUCGGAUACCAGGUUAAAUAUAGCAUUGGCAUGAACAGGAACACUGUGCUUAGGCAGAAAGGCUCUUUCUAAUGACUUGUUCUCUCUUUACUCAGAACCAUAUUUACCUCUGAACUGAGUUGAGUUUUAUUUUAUGUAAUUUGCCAACUACCCCCAAGCCAUCAUUGUACCAGACGGUUGAAUCGAAUCUUGAAUAAGUAAAAAUAAAUUCAUUCCUAAAUGAUAAGGUUGGAAGCGAAGGGAGAUAGCAGUUAAGGAAACUUUUCUGGUUAUUCUAUUUUUUGGUAUUUUUAGAUGUUUCCAGUUCCCUCUACAUCAGUAAAACAGGGUUUCCAAAGAUGUUAUGACAGUAGAAAUAAACUAUUAUCUUCCCAGCUCCAUAGCUGAAAUCUGGCCUUGGUUGGAAGUGGUCUGGUGGACCUUAAUAGCAUAAUAGUCUUUGGUCAAGAAAUAACUUCUAAAAAAAUUUAGUUGUUACUUGACACUAAUUUUGUUUCUUUUAACUGGUAAAAAUUCUAUUUUGUUUGACUAGAAGAUCUAAUUUUAAAAAAUUAAAACAACGGUUAAUGGAAAGGAAAUUAAACUGAACAGAGGCAACAGUCUUCUUAAUCAUAGUGGAAGGCAUUUAAUCAGAAAGGAGUUGGAAUCCUGGAAGUUUUUCUUUUUUCAGAUACAACAGACACGUUUGUUUGUUUGUUUGUUUGUUUGUUUGUUUGUUUGUUUUUUCUCUCUCAAAUGCCAUUCUCUUUAUCUACUUACUGGUUUAAGGCAUAAUCGAGAAGUUCUUAUUGAACUCAUUUUUGAAAACGGGGCUCUUAUGCCAUUUGGGAAAGAGUGCAAAAUAUUGAAGUAUUGUAGUUGUUGAGAUUUAGAAAAGGGACACCAAGCUAUUAAGUCAGGUAAAUCCCUGAGUUUGAGAGGAUGCCCCUUAGCAUAUUCCUAGCAUUUGUGAGUUAGAUCAGUAAACCGCAGCCUCCAGGGCCAAAUCCUGAGGCCAUCUGAUUGUAUAAAGUGAUACAGAAUACCUGUUCUUCACGUAUUGUUUAUGGCCACUUGCUACUGUAAUGACAAAGUUGGGUGCUUGUGGCAGAGACCACAUGGCCAGCAAAACCUGAAAAUUUACUAUUUGUCACUUAACAGAAAAGUUUGCUAACUCCAGAAUUUUGUCACUCCUGCCAUUUUGUCUUUGUAAUAGUUUGGUUGAGGUUUUAAAUUCUUGUUGCCAUAUAUGCAUCAGUUCCUUGAAAGAGCUUACCAUCUUUUCCUAGACCUUUUUCUCAGAACCCUGUUUGUGUUCUUCUUAAUGAUUCCCAUUGCUUUAAAAGCAUUUAGAAUAGCCUUAUGAUCUGUCCUUGCCUUAAAGGUGCAGGUAGAUCAAAGUUUAGGAUGGUAGUUACAGAUGUAACAAAGUAAUUUAAAAAUAUAAUUCCCAUGCAUAAUAAUGUAGGGUUAAAUGAGUACCAUGUUUACAUAAAAUACUGUAAAAAAAUUAAUGUUUUUAUAAGUAAGUUUUGCCAUUCCUCUGAGUUAACUUGAACUGGUUUGCAUAAUGAUGACAAGAAUGAAUUUAUUUCCACUAAUAUUAAAAAUUAACUUCUGUUAUGAAUAAGUGGUUUGAUUCUUACCCAAAAUACUGUCCUUCUAGAUUAGAAACCCCUACCCUUUCCCUGUCUACAAAUCUUCAUUUUGAUUUCCUCAAAUAAACUCACUCUGUUCCAUGUGGAGUAGUAAAAAGCCCAAUGUUCUUCCCUUCCUUUUCUUUUUCCCCCAAUGAAUGUUUUAAAACAAUGAAAUCUUUGAAGAUUUCAAAUUCCUCUUAGCCCUAUCUUCCGACGUCUGUUACUGUCUAUGAUGUUUCUAAAUAUAUACUGGGCUAUUAUUUAUUUGCUUUCCGAAUGUUCAUUCUUACUGUUCACAAAAAGCUUAUUUAUGCCAGAUGUGCAAAAAUGGAAAAUGUUAGGAUGAUUAUAAACAGAAUUCCUUGCAGGAGGAGAAUAUAAUUGUUCCCCAUAUGGACACCAUGCAUAGACUUCUGAGUUAAAUUUAUCUGAACAAAAUGUUCUAGGCUGGGCUGACACAAUGCAGUGAGUUUCACUUGUACUUUGUCGGCAACCCCACCCAUACAUACAGAGUUUGGGUGAGUGACCUAAGCUCCUGUAGGGCACCUCCUUCCUAGUCCUUCUUCAAGUUGUUUUUCCCCGUUUGAUAUUCAUAAGUUUUAUAUGAAAUGUUCUAUGAGUAGUAGAUAACCCUUACCUGUAAGGAUGUUUGCCUAGCUGAGAUCUGCCCUCGUCUUAGAGAUUUUGGAGUGUUGCUUUUCUGAUUAAUUUGCGAUUCUGAUCCUUCUGGCAUACAGAACAUUGGCCAUAGACAGCCCGAUGCGUCCUCUGCGUGCAGCUUUCUGUGAGGCCUGGGGAGUAGCUGCCAUUUCUGUAUGAAUGCGUUGCAGAACAAUUGAGUUUGCCCAGCACUAGCGAGAUCUUUGAUAAUUAUCAGUCUUCUGUUUUACCUUCUUUGCUUUCUAGAGUCUGUUUCUGUUUUCAAUCCUCUCAUUUUUAAGUAGUGCUUUUCCCAGAGCCAGUCUUUUUAUUUUGCAGUAAGGAGGUUUUCUUGCUCAGGACAAGCCAAAGUUGGAUAGGUACUAUGAGUACUUUAAGACACCUGACUCAGUUACAUUCCAAAGGGUAUAAUUAUUGAUAACAACUGUGAUAUCAAAACCUGGAAAACAUUUGUACAGACUAUCCAGUUUUGUUGUAUAGGCAGCCUACCUUUUCCCUCAACUGCAAGGAACAGCAAUGACUUAGAAGGCAAUUAUUACUUGAAAUGUAUAUCGCCUUUACAGAGAAUACAUACAUGAAUAAAUUUCUUAUCUCACAUCUUCCCUGUUAUCUAUUUAGCAGAUAUUUCCCAUCUUAACAGUUAAGGGCCUACUAGCUCAAAUAGUGGAAGCUUUAAAUAGCAAAGCUAAGUUAUAAAGGCAGAGCAAUUCAUGAAAAAUAACUUUUCUAAUGCUUACUUCUUUCACGUCUACUCAGUAAGUCCUCCUGAGGAGGCUAGAACUCCCCAUCCAGUUAAGACAGAUACACGUACAGCAUCUUCUAUGGACAACAAUACAAUUUAGCAUACUGUGAAUCUGAGAAUCUGAAUUAAUCCAUAAUGCCAAAAGUCAGAGUAUCUCAUGGGAAAAUGUUUCCUAUUCUGUGAAAUCACAUACCUUAAGUGAGAAGUAGCAUACAGGAGAGUCUGGUCCACAAAGUAAAGAUUAAGUAUUUAUUGGUACCAGUGUGCUUGGAAUUCAUACAACAAAAUUGAUUUUAGACAUAGUUUAGAUGUGGCUUCCUAUACUUGAGAGUCCUAAAUCCACUUGGUUAGAGUCUGGAUGUAUGUUUUUUAAAAGCCUGCACUUUUCAUCACAGAGAUCAAAAAGAGGGGGACAGAAUUAACUGUACUAAGUGCUUUAGUGGCAUAAUGGCAGUUAGUCCUCAAAAUAAUCCUCUGACGUAGUAACAGUAGAACUAAAACUAGCUGAGAUUUUGAAUGCUUACUGUGUGCCAGGCGCAGGUCCGUGUGCUUCAUAUUGUUAACUCAUGUAAUACUGGUGCCGGUCUCAAUAGGAUGGACACUUAUUACCCUCGCUUUAGAGAGGAAGAAACUGAGGCACAGAGAGGUUGACCCAGGCAGUCUAACACUGGAGUUAACACUCUAAUAGACUAUGUUGCCUUUAAGAGGUGUCAUUAUACCACAAUUUAUAGAUGAAGAAACUGACGAACACAAGGUUACACAGUGGAUAAAUUGCAAAACCGAUAUUUACCAGGCUUGAUUCCAAAGCCCAGACUGUCUCCACCACAUCAUAUUGACUCUGUUUACUUACAAAGAGUUGAGGUGAACUGGAAUAAAUAAUAGCCAGUAACAGUACUACUUUUAGUGAAUUUUCAAGAAAGCAUGAUUGGAAGAUUGCUUCAAAAGAUAAUGCAGUUGGUCUCUGAACAGAUGCUGAUGGUGAAUAUUUUUGGAGAUAUUGCCCGUUUGAUAGGAAUCACCCAUUUGAUAGGUCUGGUUGUGAAUCAGUUCAAGUUACUACCAAGGGAGAAAUUGGAAGGUAGCAUUUCCACUGCCUAGCUUUGUAACAAACUAAACUAUAGUGACUUAAAACAACAAUUUUAUAGAUCUUGUGAUGUUGUGAAUCAGAAAUUCAGGAAAGGCUCACCCAGGCAAUUCUCUUUCUCCCUGUGGCGAUGACUCUGGUCACCUGGUGGUGUUCAGCAGGUAGUUGGACUGGCCUGGAGUUUCCAAGAUGAUCUCAUUCGCAUGUCUGACACUUUGGCAGGGAGGGCAGUAGUCUGGGCUCGAGGGCCUCCUCUCCCUCCCUGGAGUCUCAGGGACUUUCCAUGUGGUCUCUCCAUCAGGGCGGUCACACUUAUUAAAUGGCAGCUCAGGCCUGUAAGAGCCUGGGCAGAAAGUGCCACUCCUCCCUAGGCCAGGCCCAGAGCUGCCCGCAGAGUCACCACCAUACAUUGGUCAGCGAAGUCACUGGUCAGCCUGGAUUCAAGGGAAGAGCACAUACCACCUGAUGGCACAUGUGUCUGUCAAGGAUUUGGGGCCACUUCAGUCUUUCAUAGGUGGCCUUGGGUUUUUGAUUUGUCUUGAAUUUUCUGCGUUCGUUCAUUUGGGCUAGUUGUCCAUGCCGUAGAAACCACUUAUUUCGUCUGCCACGGGUCAGUAAAGGAGCUAGAGGGAGAAUAAGACAAAUACCUAAGCACAGGUUUCAUUAGCUACCCACCCACCAAGUUUCAUUGAUCUUACAGCAAAAUGUCCAUGUUGUUUUUCUUUUGUUCCAAGUUCCAAGUUGUGAGCAUUUGUUAGUUUGUUGUUUUUUUCUGUGAAGCUGCAGUAACUGUACAUACUGAGCCAGAAGUACUCCAGAAAGAGUAAAAAGCUUACUGUUAGAGAAAGAAGCUUGUUUGUUAGAGAUGUCAGCUGUAUUUACGUUUAUAAAUAGGCACAAACUCCCAUGGUAUGGAAAAUUCGUAUGGCUACUAAAUCUCUUUCGCCAGGAGUUUGUAUGGAGUGGCUACAUGGUCACAUUCUUGAGAUCAUUUCAAGUUCUGCCUACCCACCCUAGGCCUCUCUUUACUGCCACCACACCACCUCGGGCACAGGUUUGUGCUAGAAGAUGAAUAAGUAAGUGCAUCCCAUUUUUAUUACCUUUCUUAGGAGAAAAUUCACUGCCCAAUUUUUUAUGUUGUUGAUCCUUUAAAAUCAAGAGUUGCCAUCAACCUCUCAUCUAAGAUAACAGAUCAUUGAACUGUUAGGAUUUUUGUCAGAUUUAGGGUGCUUUAUUUAAACUCUUGCUGGCUUACACUCAUUAGACUAUUGCCGUGACAGAAGAAAUAUGGGCAGAGAAUAAAUCCUGCUCUGAAAAUGAUCAUCCCCAAACCAAGCUUUCUAAGAGAAGAAAGAUUUGGGAUUGUCCAUCCAUUCCAAGUGCAGUGGACUCCUGGAGGAUUAGCUGCGAGGGCUUCUUGCUAGUUAUCCCGAAGUAUCAUAAAAAGGUCUCUUCCUAGGUCAGGCCUCAGGAAUUGCAAAUACAGGAAAAGGUACUCAGGGCUGAAGACUUAAUUUAGGGCUUUACAAAAUGCUUGGAAGAGAAAGAAAAAAUGUUGGCAUUUGUAGUUGGAGAACCAGGGACAAAACGUUCGAGGCGUUUAGGCAUCAAGACUAGAUUUUACCAUGUAAGGACUGGGGCAGAUUUCAGUGAAUAAAAAUCAAUGAGCCUUCACGUUUUCUUUUUUGAUCCCCAUUUCCACUCUGAUGUACGUCAAAGUCUGCUUUGGGUGUCAGAGAAGUCUUUGAAAAUAUAUUCCCAGGGAAUGAAAUAUCUCAUGAUGAUCUGCAGAGAAGUUUCUCGUUCUAUAUUUUAUGGCUCUUUGGGCCCUCCUCCAGAUUCUCUGUCACUCUUAAGUCAUCUGGUGGUGGCACAAAAAUUUAGCGCCGCGGUCUGGAUUUGCGGAAGAGAACAAAGUCAGAAGAAGGGGAACCUGGAGACUGCCAGCAUAUUCUUUGUUGUCUGCGUUGCAGGUCAAACCAUUUCGAGCCAGUCACAACAACCCAUUGGGAGUAGAAAUUCCUUAGGGUUCUGAUUUCUGCUCUCUGCUAUAUCUUUAAAGCAGGCGUUUGUGACGUACUUGAAGAUGAUCUACUGAGUUUCCUACAAAGGAAUAGAAUCCUAACUGUAGUGGUUCUCCAAGAACUACUGCAAAAGCCCAGAAAUACGACACAGGGAACAAAACGUAAAAUGUGUUUCCUCUGGAAGCCAAGAUGCGCAAGCAGAGGUCACUAAGAGUGUGACUGAAACCUACGUCUAGCAUAGCUAUCGUCUGAUAGCAGAGAGAUUUAGAAUUUAUAUGCUAUUUCUAAUAUUUUUACAAAAAUGAUUUUAAAUCAUGUAACUUGAAGUUUUAAAAACAGCCUGUUUUCUUUUUGGAAAACUGGCCCAAUAAAAAUAACACUAAUAUAAUGCAAUUGUAUAUGCAUGUGCAUCGAACACAAAGUGGUAUACUAAAGAUAGUUCAUGCAAAUAACUUUUGUGGGAAGUUUGGCUAUUUUCGUAAUAUCUUUUUUCAUAAAUGUAUGUUUAUAAAUAUAUUUACUCAUCCACUAUGACCCUGGUAGCAUUAGAAGCAUUUGUUAGUUGUAUCAUUGAUUCUGAAAAUCACAUUCUUGGCACAGUAGGCUAUGAGAGCUCUUUGUCGCUUUGUAUUUUGGCUAAGGAAGUUAUUUCUUGCACUUUCUAUUUAUAAAGAUGUUAUAACACAUUGCACCCACUUAGUGUAGCUGUUGUUUAGAGACAAAAAAAGGUGUAGGUGUUAAAGUGAAACAUAUGUCUAAAAAGCCUGGCGAAACGAGGGACCUCGAAAGAACAAAGUUGGCUUGCAUCUACUAAGAAGAGCUGGGGUUGAAUAUCGAAUUUCGAUUGCAAGUAGCUGUUGGGGUGGGUGUGCAAGUUGUAAUUUUAUUGCGAGCUGCCAGCUACAUGUGUGUGAUUUUACGUGUGUAUGUGAGAAAAAGGUGUCUGGUGAAGGCAGAGAAGUCAAUGUAGGAUGUAGUCUACCUCCCAUUAAAGACUGAGCAUAUUCCAAUAUUGCCCUGGAGCCCUCUGGGCAGGAGGCUGGAUUCCUCAGCCACUGUCCACCUCAUUCUCUUCUGUACUCGCUUCAGCUACUCUACCUCUGAGCACUUGGCUGAAGAAAGAGUGUGCUUUUUGUAGCAAGCAAAGGAAAGCCGGACACAAAAUCUAGGGUUUGCAGUAUCACCGUCCCCCUUGUCAUGGGCAGAUGUUCAUGUUCAGCUUUGUUGCCCAAACCAAACAGUGUCUGAAUACUCUGAUUUAGUGCUUUUCUCUCCUGGCUUCUAUUUGGCAAGAACAGCCGGUGCACGUGGAAUCUUUCUGUUUUUUUAAGAAACGCACCAAACUCCUUUCAAUGAUGUAAACAUUUUUGUUUGAAUCCUGAGGGUGUGUGUGUGUGUGUGUGUGUGUGUGUGUGUGUGUGUGUGUGUGUUUAAUUGCCAUUGCAGCCCAUUACUGGGAACCUAGAUAAUUAACCCUAUUUUCCCGAUGGUGAGCCUUCUGCCAAUAUCUUGACAGAGAGGUUUGCAGGAGGUGGGUUUUGGAUGGCUUGUUUUGCUUUCAGUCACUCCAAAGAGAUAUUCCUAUUUUUAAUGCCUAUACUGUGGUACCGAUCACGAUGGCCUCCCUUGAAUGCUGUGGGUGUCAGGAAAUUCAGUUUCAGCAGUAAAUUGUCACUAGGCACACCGCCUGAUCUUUAAAUCCAGUCAUAACAUUCACCUGACUGUCCGGGGCGUGAGCACACUGAGCCGUGGCGGUUAGCCUACAUUUUGAACAUGUGUUACAGCCUAGGAAGGACCGUCGGCCCUUUAACAGCUAUCCCGGAAUGCUCGCCACCUUUUCACUCUACACUGGCUGGUUGUGAUGUCGACACAGGGAUUUUCAGGUUAAGAGUGAGAAGGAGAGAGUGAUCUGUUUUCAGAUUUUUGGAGGUUGGCCUCUGUGUUUAGGUACUUGCUGGUAAGUGUUUGCUUUCCUGGUGACUGGGUAGAGCAGGCGAUGAGAGGAUGCCGUGUGAAAUUGCAGAUGAUGAGCUGGGCAUUCCUCCUAGGUGACAACUGACCCAGUCACCUCUGCCCGAAAACAGCGGGAGUACCGAAGGGAGAGGAGACAGUAGAAUCACGUGAAUCUACUCACCACAGCCGUUGCUUUUCUUUCUUUUGUGUGUGUGCGCAGCACGUGUUUUUAUUAAGGCACAGGGUCAGGACCGCGGGCAGGAGAUUCUGCCCGGCUACUGUUACUCUAACUGUAGAAUAAUCGUCAGCCUGUAAGCCAUGCUCAUAUCCUAGACUCAGGAAUUAACUCCUGCUUAGGAAGAUUCUUCCCCCUGGCUUCUCUUUUGUUUGUGCCAAGUCUGUCCUAGGCCUGUCCCCAGCCAGCUCUUUUGCCGUAACACAUAAUUAAGUGCAGACUUACCUAAAUCCAUAAUUUACUGUUGACUGUGUGACCUGUUACAGCCAAAGUGAUUUAUUUAAAAGCAAAACAAAAAGGUGAACAAUGCCUAGGUAAUUUCUUUGGGGUGCGUGUUAAUUCUGCGAAUCUGAGAGGAGGCACGGAGUCUGACCUUUCUUCCCUCUGGCUUGAGUGAUCACCGGCCUGCAUGCUUUUUAUUACAGAGCCAGCUGACCCAAACUAGUAGUUCCCCACCUUGGCAGCACUUUGGGCUUACCUGGGGCAUCUAAAAAAUUACUGAGUUUAAUCAGUCUGCUGUGCAACGUGGGCUUUAAAAGCUCCCCGGAUGAUUCUAAUGGGCAGCCAAGGUUGAGAAUCAUUGGCCAGGUAAUCUUGAGUGGCCUCCGGCAGGAUAACCUCAGUCUGGUUCUUUUUUGUCAUAAGAUACCUUUACUGAUAUCCCACGCAUGGCUCUGAGUUUAAAGUGGGCCAACGCUCAGGUGGUAAAAUGGAUCAUCCAUUUGUCCUCAGAGUAAUUCUGGAGAGAGAUUUUGCCAUCCAUCCAGUUUUGUCUCUUUACCAAAAACAAAGUAUGCAGAAGUAAGCAAAACGAUUUCAAACUCUGGUCUCUAGAAUCCUCUUUUCUUUGCAUAUGUGAUUUGAGUGGAGAUUUCUCAACUCUGAUAGCUAAAAUAGAGCACUUGAAUUUAUUGAAAGGGCCAAGCCCAACCUGCCUAGGAUGAUUUCUAGUUGUAAAAUAAACAGGUAGCAUUAUUAAAGUUAAUGGAAAAAGAGAAGGGUCCUUCCUGGGGGUGAUGGUGGUACAUUUGAUAAUUUGUCUCUUAGCCUAUCUUCUAAGUGGGAUUUCAGUGUAAAGUGACUUUCACUUUUCCUUGUUUUUUUUUUGUGAAUGAAAUGCACUAGCUAAGGCUUAAAUAUUUCUGAAUUUUAGAUGAAAUGUGAAAUGAGUCAUUUUAGCCUCUUUAUUCCAGGAUGUCAAGGACCUAACCCAGUAAUUCCCAAAUGAGGUUCCAUACUUUUCUUUGUUCCCACCCCAGGUAGUAAACAUGCCUGGCCAUGGCAACUUCACGCCUGGUAAUGGGAAGGGGAGAACUGUUUGAUUACCUUAAAAGUGAGACACUCUCCCUCCACCGCCCCCCCCCCCCCCAGUCCUCCUGCCACCGCGUUCAAAAUGACUAGCUACCAAGUGAUUUCUCAUUCGUGACAGAAAUUUGUGUUUAAGAGCACACAGAUAUAGUAGUCUCUCUUCUGAGAGAAUUCUGGGCACCAUAGAAAUUUUCAUUCAUAUAAUGCCUACAAUAAUUGAUAUUUUAAAUUUCAAAUAGGUGGUGUGUUCAAGAAGGAAAGACUGGAUAAGUGCAGAGGACUGAAUUAGCAUCAAGCUAUGACAUUUCAUUGAAAUAACACUGAGGCUCAGCUAUUUGCGUAGCAUGUAAAUGUUGCAGUGUCUUUCAGAGAAAAUGCCUCCUAUGCCUUAGAAAAUUUCUGAAGGCUUCCUGAUACGGGGUGGAACAGACAAACAGCAGCCUUUGGGACUUGCAUGCAUCCAGAGAGUAGCACAUUAGGGUUUGAUGGUGAAGAGCAUUGUGGAGUACUGUGAAACAUUGUUGAAAUUCAUGCAAAUCAUACUGCACUGGAUUUUAAGAUUUCUGCGGCGGGGGGGGGGGGGGGGGGGGUUAGAGGAGGAGGAUGGGGAAGUAAUGGUAAAAAAUAUAUAGAAAUUUGUUUUAUGUUUUAAGCAAGGAAUGAAACAAAUUCCCUAUCAGGAAUUCUCUAUGGACUAUGAAGUUCGGUCAAGUUCUCUGCCCUACUGGAUUGGCUUGCUGGUUCCUCUUCAACUUUUAAGGAGUCCUUUCUGAAACGGCUACACAAAUGCUAGUCUGACUACAGUUUCACCACUCGGCCCCAUCCCCCUACUCUCAACAAAAGAAAAACAUUCUCAAGCUAUGGGAAUGUGUUCUCAGUCCGUUAACUUCGUAUCUGCCCCGGUCUCUGUUCGCAGUUUUAGCCCACUGCAGGACUUUGUGAUCUAAUGGCGGGACUUAAGUCCAUCUGCCGAUUCAGUCAGGAGCCGAUGCCCUCUCCUCUAAGAAAUCUUAAAACCAGAACUCUCCAUUUUGGGCAUGUCAGCAUAAGUGAGUAAAGGGAGAAGUACACUUGGGAGAGCACUUAGAUUUCCCGACUCCUAGUAAUUCAGGGUGGGGCCCACUCAUGCUCUGCCCCUGCGAGGGGAAGAGAAGCUGAGCUUUCAAAGCUAGAAAGUCAAGGUGGCUGAAAUUUGGUUUCCUUCAGAUGGACAUGGUCUGAAAGAAAUCUGUCCACCUGUUCUCUAUGGUGCUUAUAUGGUGGGUGACAGCUGUCCCCCAUCUACCUGUCCCUGGCACUGUGCCUUCCCACUGGUCACUGUGAAAAGCAGAUCACACUGGACUCAGAGGCCAGAACCCAGGACCAUUUCCCUCUUCUCAUCUUGAGCCCAUCACUUCUUCAUACAGCUAAUAAUGUAGCAUUUACUUCUCUUUGGAAAACUCUGGGGUUUGCCCCCCAAGAAAUAGUAAAGUAUUUAAAGGAAAAUAGCCAGAAAAUAAGAUUUCUGGUGGUAGCUAUUAAAGAGACCAUAGGAGACUUUCACUUCCCCUCGACUGAUACUGAUAGCAAGGAUCCACAUGCCCCCUCUUCCGGAGUUUUUAAAGGCUACCGUAUUUGUAAGCAGCAAACUUAUGUAACAUUUUUUCACAACUUGCUAAUCAAAGAUUCAUAUUAAAACCGACAAUCAAUUUCUAACAUGUUGUUAUCCCUGAAAGGGAGUGAGGUAGGGUUUUAAAGUGUAAGAACCUACCAGUCUGUUUUUUCCCUUUGAGAAAACAAACAUUUGAGGUUUGUGUCUUUUCAUCUGAAGCUAUUACUCCAUUAAUAAAGAUGCCUCGGAAAAGUCAGUGGGCCAGGCUAGCUGUCUUCCACCUCUGAGAGCGCUGGACUGGGUCUGUGCAUCUUAUUUCCUUAGAAAAUAUCUGUUCUCAUUAUGACCUUAAUUAUAAAUACCUAUAUAUAGGAAUAGGAUUUUCCCCUCACCCCACCCUCUUUUAAUCAUUAUCACUUAAGUGUAAACCACACCUCCCCUCACCCCCCUCUCACUGAACAAAUGCACUUUAAUUCCUAAGGAGAGUGGCUGUUCCCGGCCCUGAAGCCAGAUUACUUCAGGAGGAGAGUUGAGGAGGGAGAACUCCUACCAGACCCUGUGAGACAACCAAAUUCCUUCAUGUAAACACAAAUCACACCCAUUCUUUCACUGUUCCCACCCCCUGCCACAGG